GGUGUUUCGAUUUUCACUUCCCUCAUUUGCUUUGAAGAAACCUCUGAAGAGCCCAACAAACUUUGAGAAGUUCCCACUUCACAGCCAUCAAGCACAUUGCCAGAACUCAGCUCCGGAGACAACUAAGGCCAUGGAGGAUGACCGUAUUCUUCUCCCACAACCUGGUUCUGCAGGACAACAAGCACGGACUUCAUGCAGCCGGGGAACUGCCUACACUGUCUUUUCUCUCCUGGGGGCCUUGCUCCUUGCUGGCCAGGCUGUGACUGUCUACUUUGUGUAUCAACAUGACAACCAAAUCUCCAAACUGACCCAGAACACUCAGCAACUGAAAUUGGACUCGCUGACUGGCAGCAUCUCUAAAAAUCUCAAGUCAGCUCCAAAGAUGGCAAUAGCCAAUGUGAUGCCUUUGGCCCUGAGUGACCCAGAGUUUUUGAAGAUGCAAAACCAACUGACUAAUAGCACUGAGGAUCAAGUCAAACGAGUUCUCUUGCGAGAAAACCCAACCAGAAAGUUUCCGGAAUUAAAAAGUGACUUCAUGGAAAAUAUAGGACAACUGAGGACCCUCAUGGCUUAUAACGACUGGAAGGAUUUUGAAACCUGGAUGCACAAGUGGCUGAUCUUCCAAAUGGCCCAAAAACAGAACUCAGAAGAAAAGGAGAAAACCAAGUGCCAGCAAGAAGAGUGUGGUAAGGGUGUCCAUCCAGGAAGAUUCUGUGCCCAUUGUGAUGAAAAGGGGGACUAUCUGCCUAGGCAGUGCCUUGCCAGCAGUGGCUAUUGCUGGUGUGUCUACAAAAAUGGCACAAUGAUCGGGGGCACUAAAAUCCGUGGACGUCCAGAAUGUGCUGGCAUUUUAGAUCCUGAGAAUGUGACAUAUUCUGGAGAUCAGAACUGAUGGACCUCUUCAGAAAAUGUGAAACAAGGAGGCCAGCCCAUCAGCUUAAGAAAGCCAAAUUGUCUUCUUCAGCUUGUUCCAGUUUUGCUCUGCUUGGCUGUUAAUUUCUCAUAUUACAGUAGCAGCAACCGCUUCUAAAUUCAUCAGCUUAAGCAUUAUCCUUAGUGGAAAGGAGGGAAGGGUGAAAAGCAGCUUAAUUAAAUAUUACUGCCAACAA